AUGUCUUCCAAGUGGCUUCUACUCGUGGCCCUGGUGGCCUUGCUCAGUAUUGGCACAGGCACCUUGGCCAAGCCCAGGCAUCAGCAGAGUGUCCAGGCCAGAGCCUCGCUUAGGGAUCGGGAUCUCCAGCGCCUGAAUUCCAGAUACUAUGCCAUUGCCCAGGAUGAAGAGGAUGGCGAUGAUAUCCUGGAGCAUGAGCAGGAUCUGGGAGACGAUGCCGAGGACCAGGAUGAGGAGGAGGACGAGCAAGAGGUUGACAACAAAGUGGAACAGGUAUUGGCAGCCAAAAAGGUAAACACUGCCAAGACAGAGACCAAGGUGGCUGAGCAAGAGGAGCAGGAUGAAAACCAGGAUCUGGAGGAACUGGAACCUAAGCAGGAGGAGGAGGAAGAACUCGAGCAGGAGCUUGUUGAACCCCGGGCACAGACACGCAGACGCGGCUCACGACGCAACAGGGCCGGCCGUAGGGGUCGUGGCCGCAAGAACCGUAGGCGUGGCAACCGUCGCUGCGGCGGCAAGGGCAGGCGGGGACGUGGUGGCAAACGCCGACGCACUGCAUCCAAGCGAAGUGGCAACAAGCGGACAUCGGGUUCCAAGCGACAGGGCCAAAAGACCAAGACCAACAAGACAGCUCAAAAGCAAUCUGCGCCAUCCACAAAGGUAGCUUAG